AUGUCUAUGCCUAGCGGCCGGGAUGUGCAGCAGCCCGUCAUAUGCGUUUUUUGCGGCGCCCAACCCGGCAAUUCACCCGAGUACAUAGCCGCCGCUCGCGCACUCGCGCAUGAACUGCACGCCGCCAACGCAAAACUGGUCUACGGAGGCGGAACAAAGGGACUGAUGGGCGAAGUGGCAAAGACUCUAGUAUCACUAUCUGGCCCAUCUGCAGUGCAUGGCUUCAUACCCAAGGCACUGGUAGCACACUAUCCUGAUGCGGACGUCAGCCGCCAGGCCGAGAGCAAUGCCCAGGAGGAUGGAAAACAACCCGAGCGAAUGCUUGCCCCAGGGUCUUCACCAGCUGAGGGCGAAUACGGGAGAAUCACCAUCGUGGACAGCAUGCACGAGCGAAAACAGAAAAUGGCAGAGGAGGUUCUUGCCGGUGGUCCUGGGUCAGGGUUUGUAGCUCUCCCGGGCGGUUAUGGGACCCUGGAGGAGGUCGCUGAGGUUAUUACGUGGAAUCAACUGGGGAUUCAUGAUAGAGGGAUUGUUUUGUUGAAUGUUAAUGGGUUUUGGGAUGGGCUUGUGACGUGGAUUGAAAUGGCGGCUCAGCGGGGGUUUGUUGGACAGGCGAAUAAGGGUAUUAUGGUGGAGUGUAAGGAGGUAGAGGAGGUUAUUGGGGUGCUUAAGGCGUAUAGGCCGAGUGGUGGGAGGUUGAACCUUUCUUGGGGGAGUAAGUGA